CUUCCGGCCCCGGCGCGGCACGUAACCGCCGGGCGACCAGGAGCUAGCCUCCGGAAGGGCCGUGUGGGGGCGCGAUCCCGGGCGGAGGGCGGCGGAGUGCGGGGGGCGCGCGCCCUGACCUCGGCGUCGCCGCCGGCACUCAGGGUUGCGCGCAGCCAUGGAGAGCGGAGGGCGGCCCUCGCUGGGCCAGUUCAUCCUCCUGGGCACCAGCUCUGUCGUCACCGCCGUUCUGUACUCCGUGUAUCGGCAGAAGGCCCAGGUCGCCCAAGAGCUCAAGGGAGCUAAAAGAAUCCACUUGGGUGAAGACUUAAAGAACAUUCUCUCAGAAGCUCCAGGAAAAUGUGUGCCUUAUGCUGUUAUUGAAGGGGCUGUUCGGUCUGUUAAAGAAACGCUUAACAGCCAGUUCGUGGAGAAUUGCAAGGGCGUGAUUCAGCGGCUGACACUGCAGGAGCACAAGAUGGUGUGGAAUCGGACCACCCACCUUUGGAACGACUACUCAAAGAUCAUUCACCAGAGGACCAACACCGUGCCCUUCGACCUGGUACCCCACGAGGACGGCGUGGCCGUGGCCGUGCGUGUGCUGAAGCCGCUGGACUCCCAGGAUCUGGGCCUGGAGACCGUGUACGAGAAGUUCCACCCGUCCAUCCAGUCCUUCACCGACGUCAUCGGCCACUACAUCAGCGGCGAGCGGCCCAAAGGCAUCCAGGAGACCGAGGAGAUGCUGAAGGUGGGGGCCACGCUCACGGGGGUGGGCGAGCUGGUGCUGGACAACAACUCCGUGCGUCUGCAGCCGCCCAAGCAGGGCAUGCAGUAUUACCUCAGCAGCCAGGACUUCGAGAGCCUGCUGCAGCGCCAGGACUCCAGCGUCAGGCUCUGGAAGGUCCUGACGCUGGUCUUCGGCUUCGCCACCUGUGCGGCGCUCUUCUUCCUUCUCCGGAGGCACUACCUGCAGCGGCAGGAGAGGCGGCGCCUCCAGCAGAUGGAGAACGAGUUCCGGGAGCACGAGGCCCAGCUGCUGAGCCGCGCCAAGCCCGAGGACCGGGAGAGUCUGAAGAGCGCCUGUGUCGUGUGUCUGAGCAGCUUCAAGUCCUGCGUCUUUCUGGAGUGUGGGCACGUGUGUUCCUGCGCCGAGUGCUACCGCGCCUUGCCGGAGCCCAAGCGGUGCCCCAUCUGCAGACAGGCGAUCACCCGGGUGAUUCCCUUGUACAACAGCUAACCGUCCUAGAGCCCCAGGCGGGAGGUGAGGGGACCCCCCCUCCCCUUCUCAGGAAUUUUCGUCUCGAGGCCUUUAGGAGAGCAGAGUGGUGGGGGCAGCGGUUAUCCCAGCUGCGACCGAGGGAGGUGACCGGGGGAGCCAUCCCGGUGUCACACCUCCAACACUAGGAUGUUGCCUUGCCACCGUGAGAGGGGAUCCUUCUGCGGCUGGCUGAGACAGCCCCACCCUGGGGUGGGUGUGGUGGCCUGGCGUUCCUUCCUGGAACCGGCUGACUGUGUGUGUGACUGACGACACCUCAUCGCUUAAGGGCCCAAGCUGGUGAUGUCCAGCUCUUCUGGUCCUUUCUGGGGAAUUGCUGGUUCCUGUGGACUUGAACCUUGAGUAACUUAGCCAGCAGGGAGGCGAAGUCGGACUCUCGCGGAGCUGUCUCUGAAGAGUCGCCCGUGACGAGACUGUCACAGUCUUUCUUCCUUUUGCUUAGACCCCCAGGACAAAGGCCAGUCUGGACAUGUCACUUUGUUUUCCUUUCCCCUCACCUCCUUACCUCUUAACGUGUGCACGCGUAUGUCGCGACAAAGAGAGUGAAGCCUGCCAUCCGCCUUCUACCUGAAAGAUGGGAGCUCUGGUCAGUAGGCUGAAGAGUGGCCUCUUGAAGGGACAGUCGGACUGUCCUAUUGUCCCCAGUGGUGAAGAUGGCAGCUUGGCUGUGGCCCUCCUGGUGUCUCCGUGACCUAAAGGGAGGGCAGUUGGAGCACACCGCCGGCCCUGAUGGGGAGUUCCUGAGGCCUGAGGGGGCUGAGCGCUGGCUCUGGCUUUCCCUGCCUGAGAUCAGCCUGGAAGUCCUCACCGCCUGAGGGAAGCACUAAGGCCGCUGCUGCCCCAGCCUCCUGGCUGUGGCAGCCUGCCUCCCAGGCUGUCACCGAGGCAGAGUAGCCAGCCAGCACCCUGUGCACAGAGCCUUUUCCAGGGUCUCGCCUCCUCACAUCGAGAAGUUAUCCUAUGGGUGGAAUCACCUCGCCCCUUCCUGGGUUGCUGUUUACCCCCCCACCUGCCCCCCUUGAGUUUGUGGAAAGAAGUGGGGGAACCCCUCUCACCUCCUCCGACUAGUCAGAAGUCUUUUACACAGCUCUUCUCUCCCUUCCCUGCUUUGAAUAUUCAUCCCCUAUCCUCCUCUGUGGGGGGAAGGUGGGGUGCUCUUGGGGGGCUGACACCCGUUCUAUGCAGGGUCCAGUGUGGACGGCACAAAUUAAACACAUUACAACCAA